AUCCAUAGAAUACAGUACCAACUAUUCUUAUAAUGGCACAGAAGAUGGAGCGAGCUUUCUUGUCCGCGGUUCGUAAUAACGCUGUUGAAGAAUUAGCAGCACUGAUUGCUGACGCGGACUUCAAUCCCGAUGUGUCUAUCGACAUCCCCGGUCUCCGUGACGAGUUCGGGCGCACGGCGGUGGAGGUUGCCGUGGACAGCGGGUCGCUAGAAGCAGCGGAGAUGCUCCUGGAGCACGGAGUUCCUACCGGCCGCGCGCUGCUCUACGCGAUUGACAAGGAGAAUGUAGAGGCUGUAAAACUUCUCCUGGACAGGAACACGUCAGGAGAUGAAGCAUUCUCAGGAGGCAUUGAGAUGGAGGACUGUGCCUUCCACCCUGAAAUGACACCAGUGAAGUUGGCAGCCACUAGAAACAACUUUCACAUCCUCAAACUCCUGUUGGACCGAGGCUUCCCCGUCCCAUCACCAGAUAGUUAUCAAUGGACGACAGUUCAAACCUCCCGUGCCUGGCUCACAGCUUACCGGGCCAUCUGUAGCCCCUCCCUGAUCUUGCUAACCAGUCCCGACCCGUUUCGGACAUGUUUCCGGACGGCCAGAGCUCUGCGGAACGCCUGCUGGAAGCGGGAACAGUACCGAGCUCAGCUGGAGGAGCUGGCGGACCAGUGCGAGACGUUUGCCUGUGAGUUGCUGGAUGAGGUGCGAGACUCGGAUGAGCUGGAUACCGUUCUCGAGUUUCACCAUGAAGAGGCUACUGACAAGGAUUUGCACUGCGGGACGUUGGAGGUGGCAGUUGAAAUGGAGCAGAAGAAGUUUGGCUCUCACGCCCUGAGCUUCGAGUAUGCAGUCAAACUGAACUCUGGAGACCUACACGAUCUUCUUGAUAGCAAGGCAGCGCAGCAGUGGGCAAUGUGGCAGUGGGUGUUGUUCAUGGUAGCAGUUGCCAUACUGCAUCCAUUUCUGACUAUUCUGAACAUCUUAGCACCAACUACAAAGCUCUCGAGAGUCAUGACGAUUCCAAUAAUCCGUGGAAUGUGCUGGUUCUUUUCCGUGGCCGACCUCCUCAUCGUGCUGACUGUAGAAGCACAGAUGUAUCGGGUGAGCAAUGAAGAGAUAGACAAGAUGGUGCAGAAUAUACCGACCUCUGGCUUACGGUUGUCCUGGACACAAGCCGUCAUCUUCAUCUGGAUGUCUGGUAGGAAGCUGUAUUCCUUCUUCGAACAUUCGUGUUAG